AUGGCUCGGGCCUUGGUUGUAGUACUAGCCGUGACUGUAGCCAUAUGUCUCACUCAGUGUCACGGCUACGGCCUACCCGUUAGACCUCAUUAUAUAAACUUUUACGGAUCAGGACCAAGGCUCAUCCCCAGAACAAAUUUAUCCCUGGAUUUCCUGGAAAGUCAGAACAAAGCAAGAGCCGCAGUUGGGGUUGCCCCUCUUAAAUGGAGCCCUUCCCUGGAAAAGGCCGCACACGACGUAGCAUGGUCCAUGAUCUAUAAUGAAAAGGGUUGCCAUUCUUAUUUGGACCCGAUGAGCCUCAAUCGAACGUUUGACAUUGGCGGCUACAACCAGCACUGGGAUCGUUAUGGAACACUGCCACCGGGCGAGGUUGUGGACAAGUGGUUGCUGAUGAAGAAGUACUACAACUACGCCAAUAACUCGUGUAGUGUGCGCAACAAUAGGUGCGGUUGGUAUACGCAGGUGGUGUGGAGGAACUCCUUGGAGUUGGGGUGUGCUCAGGAAAGAUGUUUCGAGAACCGGCAAAGUAACGGUAUGACUAUCUGUCUUUAUAGUCCUCGUGGAAAUGUUCCAGGGCAGAGACCGUACUAG